AUGGACAAAAACAUCUGGACCGACAAUGCCAUCGAGGCUGCCAGGCACGCGGCCGACCAGCACAUCAAGGAAGGACUCAGAGUCGCCUACAUUCCGGUCGUCUUGCUGCUGGUCGUCUUCCCUCUGAUCACCUGGACAUUACCUUCUGGUAUCAGGAGAGCUCUCGCGAACAUCACGCCACGCCUUGUCAAUUACACUCUUCUGGUGAGCUGUACGACAGCAUUCGUGGUUAGCGGCCUCAUACCCGAUUUGAUGCGGAUCCUCAUGUACACUGGCUUCCAGUUCGGUCAACGACAAAUGCUGCCGCCCGUCCUUCCGAGCUCAUGCGAGCUGGCGAGGCAGAUCGAGGAGAGAAACGAUGUGUGGCCAUGUGCGAAAGAAGAGCUACACGCGGCCUGGAGGACUGGUGGUCUGUCCGCGGAGGUGCUGUGGCAGAACAUGCUGUGGUGGAUGUUGCUUCAGGUCGUCUGGGUGAUCGGCUUUGGCUUUGCAGCUGCCUGGAUGAGUGAGACAAUGAGCUCGAAGGAAGGCAAGGCUUGCACGCUGCAGAGCUGUUCAUGCCACAACCCGGAGCAGGUGGAACGCAAGGAAAGCACUGUACUUGGGGCAAAGUCCGAGGCACAGAUCGACUUCCCGCGCCCAAGUGCAUAG